AUGCUAGAUGCGCAUGCACGGGAAGGUGAGAGGAGGAAACGCGUGGAGGCGAGAGUCGCACGCGCGGGGAGGCGAGAGGAGCAGGCGCGGGGAGGCGAGAGGAGCAGGCGCGGGGAGGCGAGAGGAGCAGGCGCGGGGAGGCGAGAGGAGCAGGCGCGGGGAGGCGAGAGGAGAACGCGCGGCAAGGCGAGAGGAGGCCGCGCAUGGAAGCGAGAGGAGGCCGCGCGGGGAGGCGAGAGUCGAGCGCGCGGGGAGGCGAGAGGAGAACGCGCGGCAAGGCGAGAGGAGGCCGCGCAUGGAAGCGAGAGGAGGCCGCGCGGGGAGGCGAGAGUCGAGCGCGCGGGGAGGCGUGAGGAGGAAGCGCGGGGGGAAAGCGAGAGGAGAGCGCGGGGAUGCGAGAGGAGCACGCCCGGGGAGGCGAAAGGAGAAUUCGAACCGGGAGGCGAUAGGAGCAGGAAUGGCUUCACUGUCGUUCAGGAGAAGUCUCUUGCCUCGCAGGCAUGCUUAGCGGAGUGGAGUGGCGACAAGGACCUGCUGGCCCUCGUGUGUCGUGAUCAGCAUCUGCUAGUCUUCCGCCUCAACUGGCAGCGCCUCUGGGCCGCCAUAUCUGGUCUCCUCCUUUCACUCCGCCCCUCUCUCCUCCCUCUCUCCCUCUCCCCAAUUCCCCCAACCCCUCUUUCUUCCCCCUCCCGUUCUUCACCCUUCCCCCUGCAGGGCGGAGACAUCAUUCACCAGGUCUCCUCCUUCCACUCCGCCCCUCUCUCCGCCCUCUCUUGGUCCUCCCUGCACCUCUCCCCCUCCUCCACCACUGCUCCUCCCAAUGCCAGUCCUGCUCUCACCCCCACUGCCACUAGUACCUCCCCUCCUCUCUCCCCGUCCUCCCUCCUCACCAAAUUCCCCCACCUCUCCCCCUCCUCCUCCUCCUGCUCCGCCGCUCUCCCCCCAUCCGCCCCCUCCCCGCCUUUCCCCCACGGCCCCUACCACGACCUUACUCACAUCUACCUUCCCCGGACCCCACCUGCCUCUUCCCUCCCCUCCUCCGCUUCCCUCUCUGGAGCCGCGGCUGCUGACUCAGCUGCUGACGUGGACGGGUCCCGUUUGCCUGAGGAUGAGCGGUGGUGGCUGCACAUGCCAGCUGGCAAGGGGAGAGGGGGAGGGGGAGAGGAAGGGGGUGGAGGGGGAGGAGGAGGGGGGGGGGGAGAGGGAGAGGGAGAGGGAGGGGAGGAGGGGAGGAGUAUUCUGUGUGUGUUAGUGAGUGUGGAUGUGGUGGGGUGUGUGGUGGUGAGCGCGUUUGGCAUCUUCCCACUUAUCAAGCUGGACAUCACAAGCCGGGCGCCAGCUUCAGGCCCUACAAGCAACGGGCACAGCGGGCGUGCAAGUGGAACCCCUGUGAAGGCCGUGCUAACACCUGAUUUCGCCCACCUUAUCGUCGUCACUGCCAGCAGCAGCAACCGGGAUGGGAAGCAAGGGCGGCAGGGAAAGCAGGAGCAGGACGAAGCUGGCUGUGAGCUAGCACUGUUUGACACGGCCAUGAUGAGACACAGCCUCUGGGAGGUGCUGGCAGUGGCGACCCACGGGGCGGCGCUCACAGGGCUCAUGGAGUCCGUGUCAGCCACUGCUGCCGCCAUGCACGGCCAAUGGGAGGCCGUCAGCUGUCAGUGGCGGGAGAAGGUGCAGGGGCUGCAGCGACUGCUGGAGGAGAACGACUGCCCCUCGGACCCUCGAUCAGAGCUCCUGUACAUGCUGGCGACAGGGGCUGCCAGCACGGAUUUGAACAGCUUCUUCACAGAUACUCUCGCAGGCGAAGCGGGAGUGAAGCGGCUGGCGCGGACGAUUGAAACAGCAGGGAACGCGCUGCACGCGCUGCUCACGCUGCACCUCAUGCCCGCUCUGGAAGAAACUCUCUUCCGCCUCUCGUCCCUGCACUCUCUCGCUGCUACAACUGCUGCUGCUGCUACAGCUGCCAGUGCUACAACUGCCACUGCUCGUUCUCCAGGGGCAGUCAGCCCGUUUGAAGCCCUGGGACUUACACACUGCGUGGGCGAUGGUGGCAGUGGUGCAAGUGGUGCUGGUGUGGGUGCUGGUAUCGGUACUGGUGUUGGUUCUGGUGUUGGUGCUGGUGUUGGUGCUGGUGUUGGUGCUGGUAUCGUUACAGGCGACAGUGUUGGCGUGGGUGCGGGUGGGCUGCUACAGAGGGCGAUGGAGGAGGGGAAGGUGGCGAUGGUGUGGAGCGAGCGAGUGGUGCGGCUGCUGGCAGUGGUGCUGCCACAGUUUGCCGCCUUCUUCGUGUGGCUGCUGCGCUGCAUCCGGGCAGCGAACGAGGAUGAGGACGAGGACGUCCGGCCGGGCGGCAAUGCUGCCAGCAGCAGCAGCCAGGCGCUGCUGGUCAACACGGCAGUGGUGGCGGAUUUUCUCCACCAGCAAUUCGACUGUGAUCCAAUCAGGGCGCAGCUGGACCCUAGCCUGCAUCCACCUCCCCCAGAUGCCACCUCCCCAGGCGCCAGGGUGCUGCCUCCACCAUCCAUGUUCACUGGCAGCAGGAGUGGCACUCAUGCGGAUGGGGAUGUGCUUCUAAGGGAGGUCGUCUGCGACCUGGCUGGGAUCACCAACCCAGCAGCCGUGCACCCCCAGGGAGGCAACACUCUCCGGCAGCAGCUGGAUCGAGUGAGAGAGAGCUGUGAGGCAGUGCUAUCAGCCACAGCAGCUAGCUUCACUGCCCGUGCAGUGCUCGCCCUGCCCUCUCUGCCACUGCCUGCUGUGCCGACCACACAUCUUCUGACUUCGAGCCAACAGAUUGCCGCCCAACAGAUUGCCGGCCAGCAGAGAACACCUGCUAAAGCACAAGCUAAAGAUGCAGCAGCAACAGCAGCAGCAGCAGCAGCAGCAGCUGCCAUGCCUGUUCGGGCGCCGAUCAGCAUCUGCUGCCCUCAACCUUCCUCGCUGAUCAAUUCUGCUAAAGCUACCAGCACCCCUCACCACCGCCUCCCACCACCCGCCAAGUGCGUCGUUGCGCUUCCCCUCCUCCUGUCCUCCACCCCUGGACCAGCACAUUGCGCUGCUGCUCACCGCUGCCGCUGCCACUAA